AUGUCGCCUGACGUCCGGCUCUCCGUCUCCUGGUUGAGCCGGGUGGUCCUGUUGUUCGCGUGCUGUUCACAUGCCUUCUACAUCCCAGGAUAUUCGAUACGGAGCUAUCGAGAUGAUGAGAACAUCCCCCUCCUCGUGAACAAGGUGUAUUCAGACAACAGCCAGCUCCAAUACGCUUACUUCGAACUCCCUUUCGUGUGUCCCCCCACCGGCCGUAAACACCAUGGCUCAUCCGUCGCCAGUGGCCACAGCAUCCCGCUCAAUCUGGGGGAGGUCUUACGGGGCGACCGGAUCAAGACGUCGGAUCUGGAGGUGAACAUGGGUCAAGACAUUGACUGUCAGUAUCUGUGCGAUCGAGUCGUUGGCCGGAAAGAGAUGAAGUGGGCGCAACAACUCAUUGAAGGAGAGUUCCUUACCGAAUGGAUUCUCGACAAUCUCCCCGGAGCCACUUCAUUCGUCACCGUUGAUCGCAGUCGGAAGUACUACGCGGCCGGCUUUAAGAUGGGCUACAAGGAUUUCGACGUCGCGACGGGAAAAGAGCGGUUCUAUCUGUACAACCACCACACCCUGGUCGUUCGCUGGCGCAAGGCCCCGGGAAGAGCUGGCGACAACGGCGGUAAGGUCAUUGUGGGAUUCGAAGUCUACCCGAAGAGCAUCAGUGCCGGACACCGCAAUGAAACCGGCUGUCCGCUCGACGUGUCAGGAGACCAGGAACCUCUUGCCCUGUUCAUUCCGGCCAACAACAGCGGCUUGACCGAGCAGUACGCGGACUCGUCCUACGUGCCGAUCGAGGCCAAUGAAGACUUGAACGAUGGUGCCACCAUGACCAUCCCGUAUACAUAUUCAGUCUAUUUCCGGGAAGCCAAAGAUGUCGACUGGGCCAACCGCUGGGAUCUUUACUUCAGUGAUCAGACCGGAAGCUCCUCCACUCACUGGCUAGCCAUUGUCAACUCGUUGAUCAUCUCCGGGAUCCUGGGCGCAGUCUGUAUUGUUAUCUGGGGCCGGACCAUGCAAGGUGACGCCAAAGGUCGAGGCGACGGUGUGCUAGAAGAGGCUAGAUUGCGGAUCAUCCGGCGGGCAGAGAAGAAGAAGUCAACCACCGGUCUUCUUGAAAAGCCUGCCGAGGCGGCCCCUGAGGACGACCUGAUGUCGGAUGAAGAGCCGCUGGAAGAGAUUACGGGAUGGAAGAUGCUGCACGGUGAUGUCUUCCGACCGCCCCCGUACGGUGGUCUUUUGGCUCCCCUGAUCGGUUCUGGGAUGCAACUUGUCUUCAUGAUCGUGGGGCUUCUGGUCCUCAGCUGCGCCGGUGUCCUGAAUCCCAGUUGGCGCGGAGGAUUCUGGAGCGUCGCAGUCGGGCUCUUCGUGUUGGCAGGUGGAUUCUCGGGGUACUUCUCAGCCCGGGUUUACAAGACCUUUGGGGGCCAAAACUGGCGUAAGAACACGAUGAUGACCGCCCUUCUCUUCCCCGGCCUGGUCUUCACCCUUGUUUUCGUUCUGAAUCUGUUCACCUGGGCACAAGCAUCUUCCACCGCCCUCCCAUUCUCGACGCUCCUGGGACUGGCCUGCCUCUGGCUUCUUAUCCAGCUUCCGCUCGUCCACUUCGGCUCUUAUAUCGGAUUUUACCGGUCCGCAGUUUGGGAACAUCCCACUCGAACGAACGCGAUCGCGCGACAAGUCCCUCCGCAGGCAUGGUAUACGAAACACCAAAUCACUCUGGCCCUUGGAGCCGGUCUGGUCUCGUUUGCGGUUCUCUUCAUCGAACUCAUCUUCCUGUUCCGGUCCCUGUACCUUGACAAGUCAUCUUACUACUAUGUCUUUGGCUUCCUGAGCAUCAUAUCAGCCUUGCUCUCCAUCACCAUUGCCGAGACCGUGAUCAUCACUACAUAUAUACAACUGUGCGCCGAGAACUACCACUGGUGGUGGCAAUCGUUCUUCGUGGGAGGAGCGUCUGGAUUUUGGAUCUUUGUCUAUUCGGUGUGGUAUUAUGCCACUCGGCUGCACAUCGAAGGGUUUGUGAGUAGUCUGUUGUUUUUCAGCUACAGCGCGCUUGCUUGUGCAGUAUAUUCACUGGCGACGGGGACGAUUGGCUUCCUGACGGCCUACAUGUUCAUUCGGCGGAUAUAUGGGGGGGUCAAGGUGGAUUGA